GGGAGGGAGGCUGGUGAAGCCGCGGAUAUUCAUGAAGACGCCGAGUGUUUUCUCUCUCUCUCGCCGUGGUGACACACUGCUCGUCUGCAGAGGGGAGACAGAAGGGGAAGGAGACGGGAGAGAAAGCGAGACGAGGCCCAGCCCAUCUUGCCAUUGAUCUUCAGGCGAUCAAGGGGAAUCUACACCGAAGAGGACACACUGACACAGAUUCCAGGAUGGAUCCGGGCAUAUCGAACCUGGAAUUCUGACAUCUGGACUUCGUAUUUACCACUUCUUCCCAUGCAGAAUUCGGAUGCCGACUGACCAAUCAGACGGCGGGAAGCUGAUCUGAGACUCGCUGCAAAUCCUCCCACAGGCUGGAUCUGGAUUAUUGAGUGUUGCAUUCAUGUGGGAUCAGGUUUACCACUGGGGAAUGUCAUCGGAACAAUACUGCAAGUUGGAUAAACAUUUUAGGAAAAGGUUUUCCUUAAUGGUGGCAUCAUGAACUCUGACCGGGAAAUCCCAUCGGCUCGUCUGGCCAGAGCAAGACGACAUGCAGGCGGACUUAUUUUUUCACAGAAACUCGUAGCUUGCACAAAAAUGGAGUGAGGAUAUUCGUUUAUUUUGUAUUUUUCUUCCUCUUUUGGCUUGUUUGGAAAAUAAAAACACAGACACACAAAGGUCGCCCACCUCAGACUGACCCUGGAGCCUCUGAGGGGCCUUAAAUGCACCUUUAGCUUUUAACGACGCCAGGUUUCAGCCCCCUGAGGACGGAGGACGGUUGGCUGGCUGAAUCAGCUCCGAUGGGGGCCGGUUGUGACCCGGUCUGACCCCGGUUUGACCUUGCAGUGACCUUUGACCUCUCCGGUCCUGGCUCUCCACCUGCUCUGCUGCCUGGGUUCAGGAACGCUCCGUCCUGGGGCCCAGAACGAGCCAAUCAGGAUGAAGAAGAGCCGCAGCGUGCUGUCUGUGACUGGAGAAGAGGGUAAGGACACAGAUAUAAUUGGUGCUGAGGAGAAGGCGGAGUCAUCUCGCUACAGCCGAUCUUAUACGUCCGGGGCCACUCUGGGGGCGGAGCUACGCAGAGGGAGGAGCAGAAGACUUUCCUCCAGUCUCCAGGUACCGUGCUGGCUCCGCCCCCGAGACCGCACCCGCUCCCCCGAGGUCCUGAGCAACGUGUCCCGUCCGACAACUCUGCCCCUCCGCAUCCCGCCUCGCAUCUCCAUCACACAGGCAGACGCUGACGGCUAUGAAGCAGAAAAUGGCGUGUCUCCGACUCUCACCCCGCUGGGCUCUCAGAGUCCCGGCAUCACGCUGCACAGCCCCUUCCCCCCCGGCCAGAGGCGAGAGUCCUUCCUCUACCGCUCCGACUCCGACUACGACAUGUCGCCCAAGACGGCCUCUCGUAACUCCCUCACCGGUGAAGGGCACUCCGGAGAGGACUUCAUCGUCACACCUUUUGCACAA